ACUUGCGGACUACAGGUCCCAGGGGCCUCCAGGCGCACAGAAGAAGUAAAAUCCGGUGAGGGCCUAGGCCCUUCAGCCAAAUCCUCUCGACACGCUUGGGUUGAGGGCCUCCUCCCGGUUCGCAGCCUUCUCAGCUGGCAUUCUCCUCAGAGCGCUCUCAGCACCGGUCUCUGCACGCCGCCCGGGCCGCGGAUCUCCCGAGGUAAAGGGUGGCCUGGGCAGCUGUUUCCCUCAGGACGCUGCGAGGCGCUGUUUCCUCAAGUAAAGAGCAAGGAGGCAUCUCCCGGAGCGCAGCAGGCCGCCGAGCCCCGCGGGGACCCUGGAGGUCCCGGAGCCGCGGGCGCUGCACCUGCCUUCCCGGCCCGGCCCGUCCGUCCGAUGGAGAUGGGGCUCAGAGCGGGCCGCGCCCCGCAGCAGGCGUGGAGGCGGUGGGGGCUCCGCCUGAAGCCUCCCGAAGCCGCCCGCCCGGAAGCUGGGAGGAGGUGGGGUCCCAGCAGGGCCCUCAGCAAGUGUUGUGGAGGAUGGAGUGAGACGCUGUCGCUUUGUCCCCGUGAGAGCCUAGGACGCCAGAACCACCCGCGCACUGUUUAAAGGGCAGGUGUCUAGGGCGGAACCCAGAGGUUCAGAUUCCAAAGUGAUGAGGUCAGAUGCGGGAAGCUGUAUUUAAUAAGCUCACCUGAAACUGAGGACCUCCGACCCCCAGUGAGGAGGAUGGAGGCCAGGGGCAGGGGACUUCAGCAGCAUUUAUGCCAGGGUUCUGGACUUGAUGGGGCAGGCAGUGACUGGCAGAUGAGACUGCUCUUCUUGGUAUCUUCCUUCUUGCCCUGGGGUCCACCCAAGACUUGGAUGGAGAGAGGAGUGUUUGUCUCUUUCUGGCCAUCUCUGAGGACCACCACCCGUCAUCCCCCCACCCCAAUUAGGUUAAAUGGAAACAUACAGAAAUUUUACAGUGAACCUACGAGGAAUUUUACAGUGAAUGCCCACAGUCCACCAGCUGGAAUAUACAACUAUCAGUCUAUUGCACUUUGUCACAAUUCUGUCCACCCCGUCCAUCAUAUUUUUCUUUGUUGUGAAUUUUAAAGGCUUUGGGGGGCAUCUCUGUAAACUAGUCAAGCAUGCAUGUCAUCAACUAGAGUCUUAGAAUUCUCCUUGCUUAUUGAUUUUGAAAUAACAGAAACUGGUAUCUGAAAGUCUGACUUCAGCUCUACCUGAAAGAUCUUAGGUUUUUCUGCAGGGUGGGAAGAGCUUUAUAUAUGUUAUUAGGAGGAUUUCAAAACAAUCACCCAUGGUUCUAUAUCACCAUAAGCACAGAGACAUAGAUUGUGUGAUACUACUUCUGGAACAAGUUGUUUUGAGAGGGAACGAAUGGUCCUAAAAGCCAGUAGCCUCAGCAGAUCAAGUUGGCAGUGACUGAAGUGAGUCUUCUUGUGUGCUUGGUGUCCUAUCUUUAUACUAUAAACUUGCCCAGUUUGAACCUGCUGAUUGUGUGUGUGAUGCCUAUGGUCUAGCAGGGGGGCGCGCCUAGGGACAGCCUAGUCUGGCUAGUCUCUGAGCCUGUGGACUUCCUGAGUCUGGUCACCAUUUCUCCUGCUGUGUAAGUCAUCAGACAGCAUGCUGCCAAUAAUGGUGGGGUCCUGGCACCAGUGCUGCCUCGACUUGAGGUGACAGAUCAAACUGGAGGUCUCUCUCUGUCACUUCAAAGCUGGCUGACAAGGGGGCUUCCCAGAGCCUCACUUGUCACAUCUAUGGUUGGCAAAGAGCAACACCCAGGCCUGAUAUGUAGACCUGUAUCUGCUAUAAGUGCUGAAAAGAUGAAGGUCCCCAGUGUAGACAAGUAAAAACAAUGCGAAGCCAUGCAACACCCUGCAGGGAGGUCCAACCACAUUCUGCUUCCUUCCACACAAGCAGAGGCGAUAACAUUUUGGUAAAUUGGGUCAUUUAUUCAUAAACAGUUCUUACUUGGUGAAUUCCUACCUGUCAUCCAGGGAGAUAGUAGUGUAGGAUCAUUGUCCCAUGUGAGGAAGCAGCCUGAGCUUCUAAGUGACUUGCCCGUGGCUGCCAAAUAAUGUGGAGGAGAGGACCCACACUCAGCUGUCCUAAAACAGAUGUUGAAUAGAGAGAGCAGAAGGAAACUUGGACUCGUGCAGCCCUAGAGAAACAGUGCUUUUUCUGUCUGGAUCUUUGGUCAAAAACAAGGCCUUUUUCAUGAGGAAGCCAAGGAAUGUUCUCUUACUAUGGCUGCGUUCUGGCCAAGGGGCUGUGGGUAGUGAACUUUUGGGUUAAGAGUAGCACAGGAAGUCCACUCAGGUGACACCAGCCUUCAGGGACAGGCAGUGUGAAUGGAUGAUUCUGAGAAGUGUGAGCAACUUCCUUUGGGCUGAAGUGGACAGAGGUAGGGCAAGGCCAUGAGGUUGAGGCCAGACUUUUGCCCUGAAAUAUUGACCAUUAGAUGAGACAGUGGGUCUGAAAGUUUUUUGAAUCUGCAUUUAGUAGAACUUGCUAACUGGUCAAGGUUUAAGAGGAAGAAAAGUCUGUGAUGCCUCUCAGCUGUCCAUUUUGGUGACUUGGUUUUGGGAGAUGAUAUAUGGCUGGGUAUAUGGGGAGCCCCUGCCUAGGAGUGUGAGCCAGGCUGCAGUCCUUAUCCUCCAGUGCAGUCUUGAUGUCAUGUGCUGCUUGGUUCUGUGGAGAAACUGGUCCCAGACAGGGUCCCUAUGGCUCAUGACGUGCAGGUCUGGCUAAGGAGACUGGGCCCUUGAGCACAACCUGCAAAUUCCCUGUGACUGUGAGUGACUGUUGCCCAGGCCUGGAAACUCCUGUUUGUGAUGCUUUUUGUGUCCAGCCAGUUCACCUCCCUUUCUCAGCUGGAGCACCUACUGUGGCUGAGCCUCAUGUGCCAGGCUGGGUUUUGCUGAAUAUCUUUUCUAAUUUUUUUCUCAAGGUUGACUUCCCUUCCCAGGUGGGAAGUUCCCCAAGGGAAGAACCAAGAAAACAGUGACCUCUGUAAGAAGGUCCAGUAAUGGUACUUCAGUCUACUAACAUGUGUGUGUUCCUGUGAAGACAGACAUUCAUUGUUAUUAAGCAGUCAUGGAAGUUUUCUUAUUUAAUUAUUAUUACUAAACAGCCUUUUGGCUAAGUUCAAGUGUAGUAUCUUGUUUAAUUACUAAACUUAGGCUUGUUGUAUUAUUUUGUAAAAUAAUUUAAUCAGUAAAAUAUUUUUUAGCAGCUGUGAUAUAAGAAGUACAAAAAAAUGUACCAAGCUUUUGUAAUGUUGUUAUAAUUACAUGUACAGCAUCACUACUACUAAAAAAAAAUGGUUGCUUACUUAUUAAUUUUUGGAAAGCAGAGAGUUGCAAUCAGAUGUUCAAUUUAAAGAAAAUUUUGAUCAUAUCUCCUUGCUUAUCGGUGGCCGAUCAAUCCUCCAGUUGCCUAGAAAGGGGGACGGCAAAGGUUAAAGACAAAAGACAAUAGAGAUGUGUGUAAUUUCAAAGUAUAUGGGGAGGCCAGGAGGUCAGUGCAUCAGAGUGGGCAAAGGCAAGGACCUGCAAGCUAGCCAUCAUUCAUUGGGUACACACAAUAAUUGGAGGGAGUAUCUGGUGACUUAGGGGGCAGCAGUGAUCCUUUGUCAAUGGAAUCUCAUGCUGAUGUGGGCCUAAAGGAGAGCAUUCCUACAACAAUAGGUGGGGUGAGUUAAGCUGAUAGGGAACUUGUCCCUCCCCAGGUGAAACCUUCCAUUACUACUUGGUUCUCAAAGAACCAGGAAGUCUUCAGCUGAUGUAGUCCUGCCCUUGAGUGCCUGAGGCCUCAGCUGUGACUGGAGGCAAAACCGAGUUAUGUUUCCCCGUGCCAUACCCAUCUUCUGGGCAAGGCAACAUUGGGCCUUAGACAGCUAUAGUCAUACUUUAACUAUGAAAUGAUUUUUCCCCAAAAUUUAUGUGGAGUGGGUCUCAACACUUGCCAGACUUCUAUAAGACCUCUCUUCCCAGAGAAUAAUGUCCCUCAGUUCACAGUCACUCCUCUCUUUGAAAUCAUGGCUUAUUCACGUCGCCUUUUGACAGUAUGUACAUUUGUCAACAACUAUUUUCAAGACUGAAAUUAGAUCAGAAACUUAGAUCAGAAGACUGAAAUUAGAUCAGACAAGCACCUUGAAAGUCCCGAAGAAUUGCAACCAGUUCAUCGAACCAGACAUUGAUAAUUAGUUUAUGUAUCAAAUAUUGCACUAGUUUAUGUUUGUUACCCAUUUUUUAGUAUUAUAAUAAAAUAUUAAAAAGGGAGUUUGGUUACUUAUGUACAUUAACUAUGUUAACUAUUUAAAUGCAGCCUAAGAUUACACUUCUUCAUUCAGUGUGGCCUAGACAAGCCUAAAGGUUGGACAUGCAUACUCUAAAGGGAGGAAUCCUGCCCUCCUCAGCCGUCAGAUUCCUAAGGCAUCUGUAUGGCCUGGGCCUCAUCUUAAGUUCUGUCUUCCAGAGUGGUCAAGAUUGCUGUGAUCUGCACUGCAGGUCAGACCUUCAGUCUGUCUGCAGUUCCUCCAUGAAGCUUGCAAGAAACAUCCCUCCCCAGCCUGAUGAAUUUUCCCCAUUCCCCUUAAAGUUCUACUGGCUUGGCAUGUCAGCCCUCGACUUUACUAUACCUCCUCUGGAUCAUGUACCUGCCUCCUGGGGGAGGGCACAUUUCAACUUUCAACCAUACCACAGUACCCAACCCAGCACAAAGAUUUAGUGAGCUUCCAUUAAUCUCUUUCCAGGUCUCUGAGCCUCUCUCUGGGUGUCACCUAGAGACAAGAGGAAGGGCAAAUAUCGCUGUAACUUCUCUUGUAUCUGCUCUACCCUAGCCACUCCCUCUACCCUUUAGCUGAGUCAACAGAGUGGGUUGGCACUGGGCAAAGGGCAGCCUUAUCUCCUGCAUAAGACAGGAACUAACCUGUUUACGUGCCCAGGGUGUGGUAAGGGUGUGCUAUCUGGUCCUAGGUGCCUGGAGUGGUGAGGGCCACCAGGUGUGUCCAGAGGAACCCAGUGGUCUGCAAGGCAGCCAUGGGGCUGCUGACCGGGGAUGCGCUAUUCUUGGUGGCCGUGGCCAUGGCUGUGUUCCUGCUCCUGGUGGACCUGAUGCACCGACGCCAACGCUGGGGUGCUCGCUACCCGCCAGGUCCUGUGGCACUGCCUGGGCUGGGCAACCUGCUGCAGCUUGACCUGCACAACAUACCGUAUUCCUUCUACAAGUUGCGGUGCCACUUUGGGGACGUGUUCAGCCUGCAGCUGGCUUGGAACCCGGUGGUUGUGCUCAAUGGACUGGUGGCUGUACGUGAGGUGCUGGUGAACCACAGCGAGGACACCGCAGACCGGCCUCCAGUGCCCAUCAAUGAGCUUCUGGGCUUCGGGCCACGAGCACAAGGGUUGGUCAUGGCACCCUAUGGACCUGGCUGGCGUGAGCAGCGCCGCUUCUCCGUGUCCACCCUGCGUAACUUAGGCCUGGGCAAGAAGUCACUGGAGCAGUGGGUGACCGAGGAGGCCUCUUGCCUCUGUGUCGCCUUUGCCAAACAGGAUGGAUGCCCCUUUAGCCCAGGUGCCCUCGUGAACAACGCGGUAUGCAAUGUGAUUGCCUCCCUCAUCUAUGCGCGUCGCUUCGAAUACAAUGACCCGCUCUUGGUCAGGCUGCUGGACCUGCUGGAGGACACUCUGACAGAGGGCCUUGAGUUGAUACCCCAGGUGCUAAAUGCAUUCCCAGUGCUCCUGAGAAUCCCAGGUGUAGCUGCCAAGGUCUUCCCUGCACAGAAGGCCUUCUUGGCCCUGAUGGAUGAGCUGGUGACAGAGCACAGGGCAACCUUUGAUUUGAGCCAGCCACCUCAAGACCUGACUGGUGCUUUCCUAGCUGAGGUGGAAAAGGCCAAGGGGAACCCUGAGAGCACCUUCAAUAAUGAGAACCUGCGCCUGGUUGUGAGUGACCUGUUCAUGGCAGGGAUGGUGACCACUUCGACCACGCUGGCCUGGGCCCUGCUGCUCAUGAUCCUGCACCCGGAUGUGCAGCGCCGUGUGCAAAAGGAGAUCGAUGAAGUGAUCGGGCAGGGUCGGCGCCCAGAGAUGGGGGACCAGGCCCGCCUGCCCUUCACCAACGCCGUGAUUCACGAGGUGCAGCGCUUUGGGGACAUCGUCCCAGUGAAUCUGCCUCACAUGGCAUCACGUGACAUUGAAGUGCAGGGCUUCCGCAUCCCCAAGGGGACAGGGUUGGUCGUCAAUCUGUCAUCGGUGCUGAAGGAUGAGACCGUCUGGGAGAAACCCUUUCACUUCCACCCAGAACACUUCCUGGAUGCUGAGGGCCACUUUGUGAAGCAUGAGGCCUUCAUGCCAUUCUCAGCAGGCCGUCGCGCAUGCCUUGGGGAGCCCCUGGCCCGCAUGGAGCUCUUCCUCUUCUUCACCUGCCUCCUGCAGCGCUUCAGCUUCUCGGUGCCUGAAGGGCAGCCCCAGCCCAGCGACCAAGGUGUUUUUGCUUUCCUGAACACCCCAUCCCCCUAUCAGCUCUGUGCUGUGUCUCGCUAGAGGAGGGACAAAACCCUACUCUGCCUCAGGUGGGAACCUGAUGUAAAAUAAAACCAUCUGUGGCUGCAAA